CCCUCCUAAGUCAUGAUUCAUUAACGCACCAAACAAUUAGGCACAAAGUGAGAGUAAAAGCAAUUCAAUUCUUUUUGUUCCAAUUAGAAUGUCCUCCAACAUAAGCCAACCACAACCUUAAAUCUGCACCAAAGAAUCACCAAAAGAUAUCUAAUAGUAAUAACAAUAUUAAUAUUAGAAAAAAGAACCCCUAUGAAUAAAUUAAACAAGGUAAGCUAUAAGGAGAAGAGCUCUUUAAAAUGGUCAUGUUAUGAAUCAAUAUAGUUUAGUACUUACUACUUAUAUGUUGUUUUAGUUAUGGAGGUUUUAGAGAGGGGUGAGGAAGAUGUUAGCCCAAGAUUUUCAUUUCAAAGGAAUGGAUCACCAUUGUCUUGUGUAGUACCACCAUUUUUGCUCAAAGAUAGCAUCUCCAGAAAGAGCUUGUAUUACAACAAGCUACCUGAAGAACCCCUCAAGCUCACUGUCCUCAAAUUGGAUGACUCUUCCUUUGAUAUUAAAGUAGCAAGGAAUGGGACAGUGGCAGAGCUGAAACAGGCGGUGGAAUCUGCCUUCAGUCACUUGCCAAAAACAGAACCAGGCAACGUUUCAUGGUCCCAUGUAUGGGGACAUUUUUGCUUGAGCUAUGAUGGACGGAAGCUACUUACUGAUAGUGAUCUGUUAGGAACUUAUCGGAUCAAGGAUGGCGAUAAGCUCAGUUUUAUGCGGCAUGUGUCCAUUAGUUACAAUAUGGUCAAAACGCGAUCCGAGAGAGAGGACCUUAAUAAAAAUGAACCUAGCACGUCCAAAUGCUGUGAAAGCAGACAGCGGAGUGGUGAACGAGAAGAUAAUCACCAUCAAGUUGACUUAUUAAAGAAACAUCAAAAUACUAUUCAUGACAGCAAUAGGGGUGUUAUUGCCAAUUGUGAAUCCAGGUUGGUUCAUUUGUUUAGAGGGUGGUUGCCAUACAAAUUGGCAAGCCCAAAAAGGAGAAUAAAAGGGAAGAACAGUGCAUCGGGAUCAGGCAUUGCUUUUCUCGCGGACUGCUAAAAGUGUUAUGUGGUUUCACAGUGAUUAGUACUCUAAUCUCACAGAGAGUUGGAGGACAGAGAAUAACCAACACACUUGAAAGUCUAAAAUUCAAAACUGUUUGUGUCAAAGAGAGUUGGAAAAUGAAUUGGAAAGCAUUCACCUCUAGUUGAUUCUGCAUAGGAGAUUAGUCAUUUUUAGCAUCUGUUCCAUUUCCUCAUUUGCGGAUGAAUGUUAGUCAAUUAGUUGAGUAGACAUGAUUUUAUUUGGGGUUUGGCAUGUAAGUCUUGGGAGUGUGCAAAAGAACCCCUGACAUUGCUCUCCAUGUACACCAUUUUUUAGGUUCAGUGUAAUCAGACCUUGAUUUUCA